CAAAUGAAGACAUCGGAACGCAGCGAGCACAGAGGUAGGUGGCAGCAGCGUCGUCAACGAUUGCCUCCAAUAUCAUCUUCAAAUUUUUGACUGGGUGGAAUAAUCCCCAAAUAUCUCCAUAAUCACAAUGACUACUGUUACUCAGAAACGCCGAAGUGAUCUCAACCCUGAGGAGUUGGCUGCCCUCGAGAAAGAGGAAUUUGCCACAGGACCGCUGCGAAUUUUAAACGAGUCUGUCCAAAAUAACACCCAGGUUCUCAUCAACUGCAGAAACAACAAAAAGCUGUUGGGUCGAGUGAAAGCAUUUGACCGGCAUUUUAAUAUGGUAUUAGAACAAGUGACAGAGAUCUGGAUGGAGCAGCCUAAGACAGCUAAGGGUCAAAAGAAAGCAAAACCAGUUAAUCGUGAAAGGUAUAUUCAAAAGAUGUUUCUGCGAGGAGAUUCCGUGAUCAUUGUGGUGAAGAACCCCCUUGGUAGUCAGCAGAGUGCUUAAGUUAAAUUUGUGAGUUACGUAUAUGUAUGAGAAUUUUUAUAAGUCAGCGAUGAAGAGCUUUUAUAAUGUCAUGUAUAAACAUUUAUGUCACUUAUGAGUAGUAUGUGCUGUAUUUAGGAGUGUCAGGUCUUAUGAGGGAAUAAGAUCAUUAAUCAGUUUUAUUUGUUUCUUAUACAGUACAGUAAUCAUUUUCUAGUUUCCCUUGAUCAAAAUUUUCUCAAAUUUCCUUAAUCAAGUUAUUACUAAGUUUUAUAAUAAAAGAAAAAAAAUGUAA